ACGGGUGUAGAGCGUUCGUGGCAUUCGCCUUUCUUAACUGUAGGGCUGCUGAUGGCAAAAUUUACUGCCCAUGUAAGUACUGCCGGAAUAACCAGCGGCACCCCCCAGAUUACGUUCUUGCCCACCUGACAGGGGGGAAGGGAAUGUCCACGGGAUACGGUUUUUGGUAUAUGCACGGUGAGACUACCCUAAACCCUGCUACUCCUGUUCGGGGUCACGACCAUCCCAGUGUCACAAAUACGGCUGCCCGUGGCAUUGAACAUGUAGAAGUCACAGAACAAGGCGGAGACCUGGAACAAGGUAAUGCAACAACGAUUGGUCCGUUGUCGCCUGUUGGACAAUUGCUGAGCCAACAAUCCCCUCUCGGGACUCCAUCGCCCAUUACACCAUCUCUUGCGGGACAAUCGCCGGUUGGCGAGUUCACGCCCGGGACUGCACCUCGUGAUCCGCAGCGACGUCCUCCAGAUUUCUAUAUUGAUAUUGCUAUGGGAACAUUCUAG